AUGUCUCGCAAACGUUCGAGUUCUCAUAAUUUUUAUUAUAAAAUUAAAAAAGAGCGGUACAUGAAAAGUGUGGCAUCUGAUUCUGAUAGCGAAGACAGUGACUGUGCCAAUGACAGAAUUGUUACAAACAGUAUAUGCACUAAUCAUAGUGCUACUAAUGAUGAAUCUCGAAUUUUAUUUGAUAAAGUAGAUAGCAAUGAAACAAAUUCGUCUUCUGGUAGCUUUCAUAUUGAAUCAAAUGAUCAGCUUCAAGAUGAAAUAUCAGAGCCCAAUGAAGUCCAGGUACAAAAACCUGCAGAUGAAAAUCUUCACUCCAAAUUAAUAAAAUGGGUAAUUAAUAAUAUUGAUAAAUUACCUCUAACAUCUGUAGAUGAGCUUUUACAAGUUUUGAUAAGUGAGGGUUACAAAACAUUUCCUCCGACAGCUCAUGCUCUUUUAGGUUAUAAGCACUGUAUUAAUUCACAACGUGUAUUAACAAAAAAUGGUACUUUUGGGCAGUAUUUAUACUUAGGAAUACUAAACGGUUUAGAAAACCGAAUUGAUCCAGGAGUAUUCAACGAAGAUUCGAUUAAAAUAGUUGUGUUCAUAGAUGGUAUGAAAAUAUAUAAAAAUUCAAAAGGUCAACUUUGGCCUAUUGCAGUACAGCUGUAUGACAAAAAAUAUAUAUGUCCUCCUUUUAUUGCUGGAUUAUUUUACGGUGAUGCUAAACCUAGUGAUGUUGGUAGCCUUCUGAAUGAUUUCGUCGAUGAAGUUAAAUUAUUAGUUACUAAUGGUGUGACAAUACAAGGGACAAGUUAUUCUUUUAAACUAGUCGCCUUGAUUGCUGACGGACAAGCCCGAGCGUACUUGAAGUGCAUAAAGGGGCCAAUAGCAUUUUAUGGAUGUGAACGCUGUACCAUUAGAGGUGUUACAAUACAAAAAAAACGCGUCUAUCCGGAAACAAAUUUUGAAAAACGCUCUAAAGAUUCUUUUGAUAAUAAAACUCAACCUGAACAUCACCAAGAGGAUGUUACUACCCCUCUUAUUAAGAUUCCUGGUUUCGAUCCAGUUAAAGACGUUAUUCUGGACUCAAUGCAUUUAUUGUUUCUAGGAGCAAUGAAAUAUCUAUUGGUGAAAUGGGUAGAAAAGGGAAGUUCAGUUAGACUAAGCCGUCAAAAUCGACAGACUUUCAAAAGAGUAAUGGACUCUGUUAGUGGAUAUGUACCUAAAGAAUUUCAGCGAAAGGUAUUCGAUACUGAUGAUGUGUCACAUUGGAAGGCCACGCAGUAUCGUUUUAUGCUGUUGUAUGCUGGCCCAAUUAUUUUAAAGUUCGUACUAGACACGAAUGUGUACAAACAUUUUUUACUGUUACACGUUGCUUGUCGCAUUCUCUGCAGUGCAGAGCUAGUAGUUGAAAACGUUGAUUAUGCUGAUAAUUUACUAAAAAAGUUUUUUAAACUAAUGCCGAAAUUUUAUGGAGAAGCAUGUCAAGUAAUGAACUUUCACAAUCUGAUACACGUUGCAGAUGAUGUGAGACAUCUUCAAGCUCCAUUGAGCGAUUUCUCAUCAUUUUGGGGUGAAAAUUUUAUAGGCAAAUUAAAAUAUUUCGUACAAUCAGCAGCAAAGCCCUUGCAACAAAUUAUUAAUCGUUUAAAUGCUGUCGAAACCUUAGGCAAUAUUAAAAUUAAAAAAAAAUGUAUACUUGAAGAGUAUAAUAUUAAUGAAAAUGCAGAUGUAAUUAGAGAUGAUGAAGGUCGAAUGAUACCAGUCAACUCUGUCAAAAUAUAUGACAUGUUUAUAAGCAGUAGUCCUCCAAAUAAUACUGUUCAAUUGAAAAAUAAUAAGAUCUUUAUUAUAAGUGAUAUACUUUUAAGGGAAAAUGAUUCCACUGUUAAAGAUCUAAAUGAUUUUUAUAUAGAAGGCUUCGAAGGUGUUGGAGUAGAAGAAAUAUUUGUGAAUCCAUGUAAAUCGAGUGACUUAGGCUCUGUUAAAAUUAAUGAAUUUUCAGAAAAGAUGAAACGUCUCUCAUUGAAGAAAAUGAAAAGCAAAUGUUUGUUAUUAAAAGUUAAUAAUGACAACUAUGCAAUUACAUUUCUGCACUCUAUUUGUACAGAAAAUUACGAGUAA